AUGCAUCUCCGCUCGUUCCUUCUCGGGAGCGCCGCCGUUCUAGGCGCCAACGCUUUCCUAGUCGUUCCGGAAGUCGAAGUAGAGGCCAUCGCCUCUGAACCUGAAUUUGCCGGUCUCCAUCCUCUUGAAUCUCACGCUUCUCAGCAACAGAAUGUCGAUCUCCUCUGCACUGAGUGCCCUUUCAAAGAAGUCAGCGAAAAUGGGAAGGUCAGCUGGACUGACGGUUUCCAAACCGCCUUGUCUCUAAACUUCUCGAUCGACGAUGGUACCUUGCUGGCCAACGGGCGUCAGAUCUUCCCUCCCCCUCCUCCAACCAUCAUCACCGCCGUCCAGCGCCGCCUAUCGGAUGACGCGGAGUCGGAGCCUAUCCCGUUGGGAUACGCCGUCGAGAUGCUGCCGCUGCCUUCUCCGCCUGAGGAACCCGUCGACUUGGUUGCUGUUCGUUUCACUGUCCUCGACUUGGACAGCCACCCUGUCCCGCUAAACACCGUGGCAAUCAACCUCCUCCACGACCCUGAGGGCAAUCUUUACAUCGUUAAGACCGAUAUCGAGGACAACACUCCCAACCGUGUGUCUUGGAGACAGUGCCGCGGAAAGCCAAUGUGCCUAAAGAGACUUUUGUUCAACCGGAUUCGUGCGUUGUUCGCUGCUGCCAAGGGCCGUAUGCUCGGAGUUAUGGGCCCCAAGCCACACUGUGGUCGUCCCCGCCCUCCUCACCCCCACCACGAGGGCAUGCCAUUCCCGCCCCAGGCUGAAGGCCACAUGGGACGUCCUGGCCACCCUCACCACCACCAUAUGCACCAUGGCUCUCACGGUAACUGGGAGCGCACUGCCUCUCGCGUUGUUCGCUUCAUUGUCAUCCCGGCUGCGCUAGGUGUUCUGGCAGGAUUGGCUGCCAGUGCUGUGGGUAUGUUGGUUGGUCAGGUGGUAGUAUUCUUGUGGCAGCGCUAUCGCCGUUCUGACCGCGAAGAGUCUCUGGAGCAAGGCACUACUUCUGAGAAGCAGGGCUUGAUGACCGAGACUACCGAUCUUCCUCCUGCUUACAGUGAUGAGGGCCCAGCCGAGGCAGCAGCCGACCACAAGAACUGA